AUGGGCCCGCCACUGGCCACGAGCUCAGCGAGCACCAUUGCUACCGUUGAGGUGGUUAUGACCUGGAGGGACGUGGCCGAAUUCAUACGAUGGCUUGAGGGGGUUCGGUCGCGAAUCCCCUCGAGUUAUUUAGGCCCCUCCCAGGUGCCGCGGGAGAUCUUGACGGCCAGAUACGCCGUCAAGAGGAGGUUGGAGGCCGUUAUGAAGACGCCGCCCGAGGGUUCCCAGGGACAGCAAUAUCGCUUCUUUGUAGGGCCAGAGAAAGCCAGGGCCAGUGACCUUGUCGAAUGGCUCAACGCCCUUGCCGACCGCCAUUGCCGACCGCCCCUUGCCGCCGCCUCGACCGGCAAUGCCCACACUCGCGCGGCUUGGUCUAGUUCACGGACAACUGGAUCAGGAUGUUUUGCUCAAACGACUUACGACUAUCGCAUCCUUCAGCAAUCGCUUCUUAUUCUUGCAGUCGUCACCUCGCUCAUGUGCUCCAUGACGACAUUCUGGGUCUACCAGGCAGUCUGCUUCACUCCGCCAACAAUGCUCGAAACAUGUUCAAAGAUGUUCAAAUACUUCAAGCCUGGACUGCAGGCACUGGCAUUCUUCAAGAAUAGUAUGCACAUCAUCAUCAAUAUCCGCUCCACAACGUACCUUACUUCAAAGCCCGGCUGA